AUGGAACAAGAAAGAGCCUCUCAGACGCCGAGGGUGGUAAGCGCCGGUGUUUCACCCGCUUCUCUUGACGGUACCUCGAGGGAAAAUCAGGACUCGGUACCGCCUGCCGAACCUGGAUUGGUGGAUGGCUUGGUGAUGGUUUCCCCCGGCGACACUCGAGAGGUCUUGUAUGGCAACUCUUCGACAAUAUCUUUCAUACAGCGGCUUUCUAAGACCAAAGGGGGCGGCCAACCUCAAUCCAGCUCCUCUGAGAAUGAAGCUGUCCCGAGUGAUCACCUUGUCGACACCAACACUCCAAUGACCCAGUCCACCCCAGAAAUAAUUCGGGAUCAAGACCCGCGCGCUUUUGUCUACCCAUCUCGUCCAAUGGCUGACAACUUCGUUCUUUGCUUCUGGGACUUCGUUCAUCCGGUCUUUCCCGUCAUCCAUAAGACGAGUUUCAUGGAAAAGUACGAACGACUCUGGGUGCCUCAGAACGCGUCGAGCUCAAACAGCGCCACCGCCCACAAUGAUGAGCUAGUCUUUUCCGCAACUCUGAAUCUCGUCUUUGCUCUGGGGUGCCAGUAUAGCGAUCUUGUCAUGUCGGCUGAGAAGACAACCAUGGGCGACGAGUUCUACCAGCGGUCCCGGAAGAUCAUCGUCUUUGAUGUUAUGGACUCAACAUCGCUUGGCGUGGUGCAACUGCUCCUUCUAACGGGUGUCUAUCUUCAAUCUACUACGCAUGCCAAUCGAUGCUGGAACACUAUUGGCUUGGCUAUCCGGGUAGCCCAGAGUCUCGGCUUACAUUUGGAUCGACCUAUGCGAGUGAACGAGAACCAGCUAGGUCGAGAAAUGAGGCGCAGGAUCUGGAAUGUCCAAACCCCGCUCCUGAUCGAUGACGACUACUUGCAAGUCGACGGCGAAGGAACCCAGCCAUCCUCCCACCCUUCCUACAUGGGACUCUCUGUCUACUCGUCCAAGCUCUUCGAGAUCUUAAACGACAUUCUCAACAUCUUCUAUAUCGAGGACUGCCAGAGGUUUCCCAGUCAAGAUGGCGAUGCGAACAGCUUCACAAAAAUGCUCUCGGACGUCAUGAAUCUCAACAAUCGGCUUGACGUGUUCAUCGCCAGCGUUCCAGACUAUUUGCAGCCCACAUCGGCCUCUGUUUCUGGCGUCAAUGAAGAGAACAAACAUGUAUCACUGCAAAGCAAGGUCUUGUACUGCAGGUAUGUACGAUCGAAGUGA